GCAAGCAAACAGCUCACCACUGCGGCGAGUGUGGAGAGUUUCACUCAAAAGGUUAAUCUUCAAACGCACCAGCGCAUUCACACAGGAGAGAAACCGUAUCAGUGCCCAGAGUGUGGGAAGAGUUUCAGUGACAAACGUAAUCUAAGAAAACAUCAUCAGAUCCAUAAGAAAGAGAGACAGUAUCAGUGCUCAGAGUGUGGAAAAACAUUCCAGGAGCAGACUCAUCUUCACAGACACCAGAGAGUUCACACAGGAGAGAAACCAUUUUACUGCUCAGAGUGUGGAAAGAGUUUCAGUCAACAGACUCAUCUCAAAAGGCACCAGCGCAUCCACACAGGAGAGAAGCCAUAUCACUGCUCAGAGUGCGGGAAGAGUUUUAACGACAGUCGUCAUCUCCAGAGACACCAGCGCAUCCACACGGGAGAGAAACCGUAUCAGUGCUUAUUGUGCGGAAGGAGUUUUAAUCAGCACAGUAAUCUGAACGUACACCAGCGUGUUCACACAGGAGAAAAACCGUUUCAGUGCUCAGACUGUGGAAAGACCUUUGCUCUGCAGAGUAAUCUCCGAAUACACCAGCGUAUUCACACCGGAGAGAAACCAUAUUACUGCUCGGAGUGCGGGAAGAGCUUCAGGCAUUCAAAUUUAAAAACACAUAAAUGCAUUAAGAGAGAGAGAACUUAAUAACAAGACUGGGCAGCCCACAUUCUGCUGGAACAUCUGCCUCAUGGCAAGUGUGCUGUAGAAUAUAAAAAUAAAAUGACAAUUUUUGGUAUAUGACGGUAUUUAUUGCAGAUUAAAGGAGAGUGGAAACAAAAUAUUAAUUUCCAUAUUUUACUUGCCACUCGGAUUUUUGACCAGCCACAUUUAUCAAUAAAUAAAUGUAUCAUCUUA